GGUUUUCCUCUACCUCGCUGAGGACUCAGUGACGUCAUCCCCCGGACCUUCCGUGACAGUGCCUGCCCAGCCUGGAUAUGAUGCCAAAAGAUCUCCAAAGUAUUUUAUAGUUUGACCCAAUGAUUCUUCUGGAUCUAUAUUUCUCUCUUCAAGAAUAAGUGCAAAGACCAAAUCCUACUUAACUACCAGAUAUUUUUUAUUGCAAGAUCAUGGACCAUAUUACUAGGGAGAAAGAUGAAAGGCGAACAGGGAAAGCUAAUCCAGGAAGAAGCACGCAUAGUUCUCGAGCAUCAAGUUCCACUUCGGCGGCCGGAGUGCUCAUGGUCGGGCCCAAUUUUAGGGUUGGCAAGAAGAUCGGCUGCGGCAAUUUUGGGGAGCUCAGGCUAGGCAAAAAUCUUUACACAAAUGAAUAUGUAGCAAUCAAGCUGGAACCAUUAAAAUCUCGUGCCCCACAACUGCACUUAGAGUAUAGAUUUUAUAAACACCUCGGCUCAUCAGUUGAAGGCUUCCCACAGGUAUUUUAUUAUGGUCCAUGUGGAAAAUACAAUGCCAUGGUACUGGAGCUCCUUGGCCCAAGCUUGGAAGAUUUGUUUGAUCUCUGUGAUAGAACGUUCACUCUGAAGACUGUCUUAAUGAUAGCAAUUCAGCUGAUUACUCGAAUGGAAUUUGUGCACUCAAAGAAUCUCAUUUAUCGAGAUGUCAAGCCAGAGAAUUUUCUCAUCGGCCGGCAAGGAAGUAAGAAAGAACACGUCAUCCACAUAAUAGACUUUGGAUUGGCCAAGGAGUACAUUGAUCCUGAAACACAAAAACAUAUACCUUACAGAGAACACAAGAGCCUUACUGGAACAGCAAGAUAUAUGUCCAUCAAUACACAUCUGGGCAAAGAACAGAGUCGACGAGAUGACUUGGAAGCGCUUGGACACAUGUUCAUGUAUUUCCUUCGAGGCAGUUUACCCUGGCAAGGCCUUAAGGCUGAUACACUGAAAGAGCGAUACCAGAAGAUUGGGGACACAAAGAGGAAUACUCCGAUUGAUGUUCUCUGUGAGAACUUCCCAGAGGAGAUGGCCGCUUACCUUCGUUAUGUCAGACGACUAGACUUCUUCGAGCGACCCGACUAUGAUUACCUGCGAACGAUUUUCACGGAAUUAUUUGAAAAGAGGGGAUUCGCCUUCGAUUACGCCUACGACUGGGUUGGCAGACCAAUUCCCACUCCGGUGGGACCCAUGCAUGUGGAAUCGGGACCCUCCGUGAUCAGAGAUCCCCAUUUACAUCGGGAUCGAUCCUCAGUACAGCCUUACCGAAAUCAGGUGGUAAGCUCAACCAAUGGUGAGUUGAACGUGGAAGAGCCAGCCGGAGCACCCUCCAAUGUACAAGUUGCAGCCCGUACUGAGGUGGAAGUAGUAGAGGAAGCUAAUGAAUUGUUGCGUAGGUGAAGGCUUCCCAGAUCCACUCCAGGCUUCUCAUAAGAAACUGGAUUGUCUCAUUCUGUGAACCAUCCAUCCUGUGUCAUCAUUAAAG